UUGUACACGGAAGCAGAAGUGUCAAAGCUCCAACCUGGCAACCUGACAGUUUCUUCUGGAGCUGACAGGGUACGCGGGUAAACCAACACAUUUGCUUUUGGUUCUGUGGCUGUUUGGAUCCAGAAUACACAAUGAAGACGGUGUUGCUUGUAGUUGCCGCCAUUCUGUGCUGUUCUGCAGUUAUGGGAGCCGAUGAAAGUAACAGAACUGAUGACACUGGGAUAAAAACUCCAAUUGCACUAAACGAAACCAAUAAAACUGUGGUGGAGGUCUCUUCAGUGCUAACAAACCAGAGUGUAAUAGAAAUAACUAAUGGAGCAAAGAAUGAGACAACUACAGCGGGCCCACAGCAAAAAACAAAGGACGAGGAGUCCAAAAACAAAGACCAGGUAACUGAGGAAAACGAGGGCGUCACCCCAAAUGAAGAGGAGGAAAACAAAGACGAGGUAACCGAGGAAAUGGAGGGCGCCACACCGAAUGAGGAGGAGAAAAACGACGGCGUUGCAGCAAACAAGGGGGAGACAAAAAAAACACCCAUUGAAAGUAUCAAGGAAAGCGGAUUUGAAGAACCGGAAAGCAGCCAUUUCUUUGCAUACCUUGUUUCUGCUGGUGUGUUGGUUGCAGUGCUCUACGUCACUUAUCACAACAAGCGCAAGAUAAUCGCCUUUUUUUUGGAAGGAAAGAGAUCCAGAUCGACACGUCGACAGAAAACUGCAGAAUACCAGAAGCUGGAACAGGAGCCCUGAUCUCAAGCUGUGGAGGAGAAAAGGGAGAACUGGUUUCAGGGACUCGGGUGUACGGGACAUUUAGUCCACUUUGGGUUUUAUGGACUUUUUUUUUUUACCUGUAGAAAUUUGUUGCAUGACUAUGCAGAUAACAACUUUUGCCUUACUGAAGGAAAGGUGAAAUAGUCCAGGUAAAAGGACGCGGUUUUUGCACUUGCCUGGAUUCCACUUUACAAGCAAUCUGAAGGUGUGGCCUAGACGGGCCUCGACUCAGGCUAUUUCCAUUACUCAUCAGUACUGCUCUUUCUGUAUGUUUUCUUGAUGAAGAAAGGCAAAGGAUUGCAAAGGGAACAUAAAAAAGCCAUCUUGGAACGCUGGAUAUGUGUGUAAAUGCAGACCAGUGUCUCCAUAAUGUGUAAUUGUCUGUCCUUUUUUAUGUUGUCUCUGGCAAGAAUCUCAACUUUUACCACUUUUUAGGUUGUAGCUCCAUUCUCAAGAGAAGCUACCUAAUAGGUGCAAAUAAAAAAAUAAAAUGUUUUUCUUUUGUUUUUUUAAUGUAGGGUUUGACUGCCUCAUUGUGCUGGAAAUACUUUAUUGGGAAAAAAAUAUUCUUUUGGGAUAACCACUGAUACAAAAAAAGUAAGCCUCCCUAAUGUGUUGCUUUGUGUUUGUUUCUAUAAAUGACACUUGUUUUUGGCCAAAUAGUUUUCUGUGAUUUGCAUAGCUCUCAUAGUGCCUGUUUAGCAAUUAUUUAUUUCUAGGUGGUGGAUUAGCAAACCAUGUUUCUUGUAAAAGAUGAAUACAAAUCCAAUUGCUUAUUGGCGGUUAGGACCCAUUACAAAGAAUACCUUUACUGUGAAAACCAUAAUAGACUUAUAACAUUUUCCGUAUUUGUAAAACACAUUUUAUUUAAAAACUAAAGCUGCAAAAACACAAAAGGUUUGGAGAGUUUGUUAGUGAGUUCUGUUUUUCUGCACACUAGAAACUGAAAGGCUGGGUGUUUUCUUUUCCUUAAGAAAUAAAAGCUUUUAUACACA